ACUGCCCACCCCCAGGCCCCGUCGCUCUUUCACCUGUCAUUGCUCUCCUUCCGAGCCUGCUCUACAGACGCGUCAUUGUUGCUGCGCGUCGCCUUUGUUAACACACACACUCUCUCUCUCCCUCAGCUCUCCCCAGAGCCGAGCCGAGCAUCCGAUCGCCUGCCCUCUCCUCGCCUUCGCCGCCAUGGAGAAUGCGACGGUUGCCAGCGGGAUCCCCCCGCUCCCGGACUACACGCUUCACCCUCUCCCUCCGCUCGUGUCCGGCAUUCCCGACAAGUACCUGACACUGGCCCUUCCCGUCAUUGCCUACUGGGCCGUCUCCAUGUUCUUCCAUGUUAUCGACACCUACGACUUCUUCCCUCAGUACCGCCUGCACACGCCCGUCGAGCUCACCCAGCGGAACCACGUUUCCAGGUGGGACGUCUUCCGGGAUGUCAUUCUUCAGCACAUAAUCCAGACCGUUUUCGGUGUUGGCUUGGCCUGGUUCGACCCGGAUCCCACCUAUGGCCAGGAGGACCAUGACGUUGCCGUUUGGGGCCAGCGUAUCAGACUUGCCGAGAGAGCAAUUCCAACUAUUCUUUCUGCUUUUGGCCUGAACGCAGUUGCAUUGGCGAAGAACAUGGCCGAUUCUUACCCCAUGCUUUCCGGUGUCCUGGCGGGAGGAAGAUACUCAGAAUUGACGCAGACUAUUGUCUCCAACGGCGAGACACUGAUUGCGCCUGCUUUUGCCUCGUGGGAGAUCUCUCUUGCCAAGCUCAUUUACUGGGUCGGGAUUCCGGCUCUCCAGUUCCUCUUUGGAGUACUGGUCGUGGAUACCUGGCAGUACUUCUGGCACCGCGCCAUGCACCUGAACAAGUGGCUGUACACAACCUUCCACUCCCGUCACCACCGCCUUUACGUCCCCUAUGCUUACGGCGCUCUCUACAACCACCCCUUUGAGGGCUUCCUCCUUGACACUCUGGGCACCGGAAUCGCAUACCUGCUUUCGGGCAUGACAAUCCGCCAAUCGAUGUGGUUCUUCACUGGCUCCACCAUUAAGACCGUCGAUGACCACUGUGGCUAUUCUUUCCCCUGGGACCCACUUCAGAUCAUCACGUCGAACAAUGCUAGCUACCACGACAUCCACCACCAGAGCUGGGGCAUCAAGUCCAACUUCUCGCAACCCUUCUUUACUUUCUGGGACCGCUAUCUGGGCACCAUGUGGACCGGUGGCGACACCACGGCCAAGUACGGCCGCGCCCGCAAGGCUGCCGAGCGCAAGGCUGAGACUGAGGUAUUGAAACCUCAGUUCCUUCCCCCCAUUCUCCAGGAGAGCAGCAACACCGAGACUUCUGAGAACGAGGCUGGAAAGCCUCUCAGGCGCAGCCCGAGGAAGAAGGCGCACAGCACGUCGCAGCAAACUGCAAACCUGAAGGGGCUCCGAGACCGCGUCAAUGGGAGCCUCCAGGGCAAGAGCCCUAACGUUCUUGGUGUAGAGAGCAGCCAUUAAGUCCCGGAGAACACUUCGUAAUUCGUCCAUCUGGCUAACUGUACGAUGAACUGUUGGAUGUUUUUGUUUCGCGUCCUAAUGUCUAUUUUUACUUGCACUUUAGCAAUCUGGAUUUACAGGACCUGUGGUCUUGACCCUCUUCAGUGUAUAUUCUUAUUGUUCUUAGGGAAAGGGCUUUAAGGGCAGGCGCAUCGGCGAUUGUUUUUUUUUUUUAAUGAUUUAUGAAGGCUAGGCUAAAAUUUCUUCGCCUUCCGUUAAGAACACAGUACAGAUCACUCGCUUUUCGAUCGGAUGGGUAUUCGUAAUUCUGCAGCGCGGAGCGAUUGGGGAAUUGGUUCAGUCCGAAGUGAUAAUUCCUAGGGAGACUCGAGUGUUUUCCCAAAAUCCAUUAAUUCUUUUCUUCCACCUGUGCCGGAUCCAGACCAACGUC